CGUUAUUGUUCAUGUACCUAGCAAAUCCUGGCAAACUGAGAUUAAUUAUUAUAUCAUUUACUAAUGUAAUACAUAACCAAACAAUAGUUUCAGUAUAAGAUGCAGUCCAACUAUAACAGACAUGAUAGUUCAGCUGCAUAAGUUCCAAGAUGAAGUGCUCACCGAUCACCCUGCUGGCUCUUGCCUCCAUCCUCGCGCUCUCCACCGCUACCUCCGAGGAACCAAAUUGGGCAGAAGUGUCCAGCGUUUGCCACAAACUGCUGCGCAUCAGCCCGGAAGCCGGCGCGCGUCGCGGCCAGGACCAGUUCAGCCCGGAUCCGAAGGCGGCCUGUAUUACCCGGUGCAUCGGCAUCAUCACCGGGAUGUACGACGACGAGACGGGGAUCAGCAUGGAGCAGUUGAGGGCUUGGUGGGUCGACCAGGAUACUGUUGCCGAUUACCAGGAGGUCAAGCGGCACUAUCUGGAAUGCGCUGGGACGAUCGUGCCGGACCAGUACGGAGACGAUUACUGCAAGAAGACCUCCAAGCAUUACGAGUGUUUUAUGAAAAGUGGAAUGAGGGGGGCUUAA